AUGAUCACCAAAUACAUCACCUCCGUCGUAACCGCCUUCUCACCAUUCAACCCGAAAUCCGGCAAAACCGCCCGAAAUUUCCUCGCCGCGCUCCCCUCCAACGCCCGCUCCACCAUGACCAUCGACAUCCAACUUCUCCCCAAAGCCAUGGCCGCCAAACCCGCCACUUUGGCUCUGAAGUUUAAGGAUGGAAAAGAAAUGAAACUUGAUAUUGAAAAGAUGAAAAUUAAAGAGAUUCAAACAGAGGUCGAUCGUCACUCGAGAGUUUUGAGACGCGCGGAGGAUUUGAGUGGGAAUUGAUAGCAAAUGAAAUGAAAUCUAUGGGGGUCGGAAGGGAGAAAGACUGUUUUGGGGGGAUAUGGAUAUGGAUGAGGGCACAUCAGCAAUGGCGUCGGAGGAGAAGAGAACGGCGAGGGAGAGAUGAGAGGAAAGAGACGAGAGAAGAGAGAUGGAGGCAAGCAGUUCUUCCCAAUGGCGCUUCCUAUCGCGCUGCACAAGUGCAUUGCCAUUGCAUUGCAUUGCAUUGGCAACACUGCUCGAAGAAAGAUGCGGGCGAGCGCUACCAUCUAUGGUUUUGCGCGGGAGCAGUCACUCGCUGCAAAUCUCCCAAGUCGCCAGGCCAUUGUCACGCGCCGGCUCAAAAGAUUGAUCAUGGAUGAUGGAGGGGAAUGCAAGCAUGCACAUCUGUGAAAAAGACUUUUGAUUGUAUGGGAGUGGAAGUGGGAGUAGUGAAUGGGCUGGGCAAACGCUGCAGGGAGG